GGGGCGGACCGGGGCCGGGGCCGGGGGGGGGGGAGCGGCGGUAUAAGAGCCCCGCGCCGGGGGCGGCCCCGCCGCACUCCGCUCCCGGUGCCGCCAUGGAGGAGGCGCAGCGGCUGCUGACCGUGUCGGUGUGGAAGCUCUACCGUUGCCGGUUGCAGCGCGGCGGUCUCCGCCUCCACCGGAGCCUCCAGCUCUCGCUCCUCGUCCGCGCCGCCCGGCACCGCUACCUGACCGCCCGCGCCGCCGCUCAGCCGGGACCCGCCGCCGGGACCCCCCUGGGAACGGCACCCGGGGACCCGCCGUACGUACCGACCCCGGACCGGGGGGAUCCCCCCAGCGCCCCGACCGGGGAUCCCCGGAGCCGACCGACCCCGGACCCCCCCCCGCAGCGCCCCGGACCGGGGGGACCCUCCGAACCCACCAACCCGGGACCCCCGCAGCGCCCCGGACCGGGGAGACUCUCCGAACCCACCAACCCCGGAUCCCCGCAGCGCCCCGGAUCCAGCGAACCGGGACCGCCCCCAGGACGCCCCGAGCCGGUACCGCGACCCGCCGAGCGCUCCGAGGCUGCCGCCCACCCGGGACCCGCCGAGCGUUCCCCCCGCCGCGCCGCAGCCUGAGCCGCGUCCCCCCGGAGCCGCACGGAUCCCCGGAGCCCCCCCGGCGGCGCGGGCCGGGCGUAAGCGGCGGAGCAGCGGCUCGGCCGGGCCGGUACCGGUGCCGGUACCGAGCAAGCGGGCGCGGCUGGAGGCGGAGGAGCCGCCGCUCGCCCCGGGGCCGCCCGGCCGCUGCUCGGGGCCGCCCGCCGCCGCCUUCGGUCUCCUGGUCCGUGCCGUCGGGGCGUGCUGAGCCCCCGCGUACACGGACCCCGCCGGGCGCACGGAGCGGGGGGGACACGGAGACACUCACCCCCCCCCACUCCCCGGGACACACGGGACCGGUACGGGGACCCCUCCGGGGCACAAGGACUCUCGGGGCCCCCGGUGGGCCCCCCCCGGUGAGCCCCCCACCGUGAUGGACUCGUGCUGGGGGGGGGGAGCUGCAGGCUGGCCCUGCCCCCCCCCCGGCUUCCCCACCAAUUUUGUUUAAUUAUUUUGUUAAUGAAAUAAAAGUC